CAAUUAUUGACUGGUUACUUGAGAAGCUACACUGAGAAAGAAUAUAAUGCACUGUCUUCUCCUUCCAAAAGUGGAACUUUACCCAUGCUUCCCUGCAGGCUGCAGCUAGCCGAGACGUUGCUCCGUCAGAAACCUCACCAUCUCCACCAUAGCAACUUUCCAUUCUCAACACCUCCCAUUACGCCUCUUAAACCAGAUUGGAGAGCACAAGUCAAACAUGCCCAAUUGGUCAACCAAAUCGCCGCCAUUGUCACGCAGAGGAACAGAAUCCACUGGGCGUCACUUCUCAAGCCCUUCAACCUCAACUCUUCCAAUUUCACCCCUCAUCUCUUCCUUCAGAUCUUCCGCAAGACCCAAUCUUAUCCCGCUGCUUCUCUCUGCUUCUUCAAUUAUGCCAAUAAAAAUCUAGGGUUUAACCCAGACCUCAAAAGCCUUUGUAAACUUGCUGGGGUUUUGUACGCUUCCAGACUAUCAACACAAUCAAAACCCAUAUUGGAUUCUCUGGUUCAAGCUUAUCCUACAACCCUGAUUGUCAGUUCAUUGAUUAAAGACAUCGACUUUGAUACUCGCUCUUCUCUGUUGAGUUCGUUGCUUGAGUGUUAUUCCAAUAGCCGUUUGCUUACUCAAGCUCUGGAAGUUUAUCAGAAGUCAAAAGAUUGUGGCGGUUUAGUUUCAGUUCAUAGUUGCAAUUCAUUGCUAAGGGGGUUUCUAGAGAAAAACGAAAUCAAAUUGCUAUGGUGCUUCUACUGUGGGAUGAUUCGAGACGGGGUUUCUGGGAAUUUGUUUACUUGGUCUUUGAUUGCUCAAGCUCUAUCUAAAGAUGGCAAAUUUGAAAGGAUCAAAAAAAUUCUGGAUAUGGGUAUAUAUAGCCCUGCAAUGUAUGAUCUUAUUAUCGAGGGUUAUAGUAAAAGAGGGGAUUUUAAAUCUGCUCUUUUAAAUUUAGAUGAAAUGCAUAAUAAAGGAUUUGAUCCCAGCUUUAGUACUUUCAGCUUUAUUCUAGACGGGGCUUGUGAAUAUCAUGACGUUCAAGUGAUUAAUGAUGUCAUUACUUCUAUGGUGGGUAAGGGAUAUCUUCCAAAUCUUUUACCUAAUGAAUAUGAUUCAGUAAUCCAGAAGUUUUGUCAUUUGGAGAAGACAUUUGCUGCAGAACUUUUUUACCGGAGAGCCAAAAAUGAAAUGGUUGACCUUAAAGGAACAACUUAUUGCUCGAUGCUAAGAUCAUUGUCAAAUGCAAGACGAGUAAAGGAUGCUAUUGAGUUUUAUAAUUAUAUGGUGGCGAAGAAUUUUGAUAUUAUUGAUAAUGAUAAAUAUCUUUUCCCGUUUCUGAGUGUGUUAUGUGAAGAGAAACCUUCAGAGGAUGUUAAUAGACUGUUGAAAGGCUUGAUAGAAAAGGGAUUAACACUGCCAUUAACUCCUUGUUUAGAUAAAAUCUCUAAGUAUAUAAAUUCUCAAUGUGAGAACCGUUGGUGGAAAGAAGCCGAGGAGCUUUUAAAUGUAACUCUAGAUAAAGGUUGAGGGACUUGGUGGUAAUUUUGAUGUGUCCACAUACGUUAUACUGCUUAAUGGCCUGUUUAGAGAAAAAGGAAUUGAUGAAGCGAUCAGGAUAUUUGAUUACAUGAGAGCGCAUAAUGUGCUAAGCAGUGAGAGUUUUUCAAUCAUCAUUAGAGGCCUUUGUCUUGAAAAGAAUUUCGGAAAAGCCAUGAGCUUGCAUGAUGAAAUGUUGAAGAUGGGGCUCAAACCUGAUAGAAAGAAAUAUAAGCAGUUGAUCUCUGGAUUCAAGUGACUUGCUUAGUAUCUGAAGACAUGACUUGGAAAGGUAAGAACUAUUGCUUUAUUUUUAUAGCAAUCAGAUUCUAAUUUUCCUCCGACAAAAACUCAAAUAGAUCAUUCAGGAUUUUAGGAAAUGCUGUUUUGGAUUAAUCAUUUUUCGAUUAUAAUAGGUGUGUACAAAGUGUCAAAGUUUUUAAACAAAAUCUUUACACAAUGGCCAAUCAGUGUAAAGAGUUAUGUAGACAUUAAAUAAUUGAUUAGUGAUACCGACAAGGCGGUAAUAUUUAUGUUCACCACUUCCCCAUAACAUAUACAGAUACACUCGUGCGUGCACAUACUUUACCUAUAAUUAAUGCGCAUCAUUCAGAAUUCUUCUUGAUUAUUAUGUUUACCCUUCACCACUAUGCAGUUAUACUUCUUAUGCCCCACAAUGUUUUACAAGAGAAAGUGACACAGAAAUUAAGAUAAAGUGGUAUACUGGUAUUAUGUUGUUGAGAAUUGAUAAUGAACUUAUAUAGCAUGAAUGAUUAUAAUCCACAUAAUUAUAUGCAAUUAUGGUUUGAGAGAAACUUUAAAAAGGUAGGACAAACAAAUGUGACAGGUGGGAUAUAAAUUUGUACUCUAAAUUAUUAUAUUGUCUAUAUACAACUAUGGGAUUUUAGCUCGAUUCAUUUAUGACGGAUAUAAUCUGAACAUUUAUCCAACCAUUAUUUUAACAAUUUCUGUUGUUUUUGAUUUUUUUGCUAGUAUUAUAUGGUUAAAAAGAAACAUAUAGCUGUUAAACCAAUACGUUUGUCCAACACGCUAAGACGAUCCACUAGCCACUGUUAAGGGGCUAAUAGCUGAACUAGAUUUGGCCCAUUACAAGGAGGGUGUGACUUAUGAGAACGAUUGAUAUGUAUACUAUAUACUCCGUAUUAAUUAACUUAAAGAGAACUUCUAAUAAAGUAAUACAUAUUGUAUGUGUUCCAUUUGGAUGUUAUGCUCCUGAUUCCUUAUUUGAUUGUGACCCCGCCCCUCAUAAAAAACUAUUUUUUCUUAAAGAAUCUAAAUCUUUCUUAUGAUUGGGUUUUGUGGCUGUCCACCAUCUUCUAGACUUUAUUUUUUACCCCACAUUUGUCUGAUUCUUUUUUUAUCAUUCUCUUUCCUCAAAACUAUCUCUCAUUUCAAAACAAGAAAAAAGAAUCAGGAAAAACUUAAAACACUAUUGAUGUUAAUCCUCUUUAAGCAAAGAACCGUCUUUAUAAUAUUUUAAUUGUUUUUUGAUACUUAUUUUUGUCCUUUUAUCUGCCAAUUUGUAUUUUCACUCAUGGAACCAUCGAUUCGGAUUUUAAUUCAACAUUUUUAUUCUUGGCGUAAUUAACCAUUUUGGUUAUUCUGCAUGAAUGCUUUAAAAAAAUAUUAUUUUACAAUACUUGAAGGAAGAUUAUAAAGAAUGUUGUUGUGAGGACAAGAAUGGAGAAACCUUCUGUUUUUCAUCUCCUUUCUUGUUCUACCAUACUUCCAUUAACUCAUCUUUGACAAGGAAGAGGAACAACUUGAACUUAGUGCUUAUUGCAACACUCUCCUAGGAUCAGAAGGCUGCUAUUUUGGGCUGAUUUUUUUUUUAGUCUCUUUCAUGGAUGCCAUGAUGAAGGGGACUUUCAAAGCGGGAUUUAAAUACAUUUCAAAUAUUUUUGUGAUGAAGGAGGAAGAUAUCGAGAUCGGUUACCCAACGGAUGUUAAGCAUGUAGCACACAUCGGGUGGGAUGGCCAAUCUGCAGGCAGUGCACCUACUUGGAUGAAAGAGUUCAAGGCCGGACCGGACUUUACUUCAUCCUCAAUCAGUAACAGUGGUCGUAAACCAUCGUCACCAGAAUUUUGCAAAGACGAUUCAACAGCUACAAGAGAGAUCAGUGGGGCCACCCAAACGAGGAAACAGAAACGAAAGAAGUCUAGAGCGGUGUCUUCUGGGUCCAGUUUCUCCUCCAUGUCACGGGCCCCACCCAAGUCUAAGGCUAAGCUAGCGGAAGAAGACGGUAGUCCCAAUCCUGCGGACAUACAUGUCAUCUAAGCUCAAGGUGUGUACUAGAUGAGGGAUUUUUUUUCUUGAAAGUUGCUUUUGAUUUAGUAUUUUUCUCACCUUAUGAGGCUACAAUACAAACCUACAAUUUAAUGUAAACCAUCAUUUUAUAACUUCAAGUAAAUUGUACAGUGACAUUUUCACUUUUAAUAAUCAUAAUGUCCUAUACGUAA